GUAGCGGUAAUGCGGUAAUCGACGAGUAGACGGACAAUAUGGCGCGGAAGCGUGGUUGUGACGUCAUGUGAGUAGGGUCUAUAGGAAAGUCAAUUACAUGCUGUUACAUUUUUCGGACACCAGGGGGGGCCCGUCUCCCCCUUAAAAUCUGCUUAUGCCUUUUUGAUAUUACUACGUUUAAGUAUUUUCUUAACGCAACUUUGUUUGGAGAAGUAAAGCGUUACCACACAAUAAAUUACUGGGUGUGUUUUCUCGUGAUGUGCUUCUUAAUUGUCUCAAGUUCAUUUGAUAGUCCUGGCUUUUGAGAGCUGAGUUGAAUAUGAUGGUGCAACCUUUUUUUCUUUAAUAUCAUCAUUUGAUAGUCCUGGGUUUUGAGAGCAGAGUUGAAUACGGUGGUGCAACCUUUUUUUCUUUUAUAUCAUUUAUGGCUGUUGAUCUACUCUGCAAACUUAAGUCAGCCAAAGGUGACAUUUCAAAUUAAAAAAGCAUUGUUUUCCCAGUCCAGUCAAUCAAAUUUUAAGUGACUUUAAAAGCCCCUUUAAACUUUAAACCAUUAUUAGAGGUGUGGAAAUCUUCUCAGGCUGUCUUUUGUGCUGAUCAGUGAGUCAGUGGAUUGUUCAUCACGCUUUGGCCGAUUAGAAUCAGGUGAAGGCAUAAUUAGGUGAAUGGUCAGCCUCUUGAAAGAAUGACAUCAACUCAAAGGCCACCAGUUGGUGAAGUAUAUAAGUAGCAUCAUCUCUUGCAUGCACCUGUCAGCAAAGAAGAGCAGUAAAAGCUGUUUUGUUGCAACAAUAUGCAGAAGCUAUUUCUUCUUGCAGGGCUCUUUCUGAGCAUUGCUUGGUUGGGAGCUACCGAACGACUGGUCUGUCUCUACAACAGCAUCUCUGACCAACGACGGGGAAUUGGACAUUUCGAGAUCGGCGACAUUAAGCCAUUCCUGUGUACCCAUAUCAUCUAUAGUUUUGUCGGCAUUGAUUCCAAAUGGGGCAUUUCAGUUGGCUCUAGUGACAAAAUUAAGUUUCCGCUCUUCAAGGACUUGAAGAAAAGGGAUCCAGCAAUGAAAACCCUUUUGGAGGUCAACUUGAUUUCAAGUCCGUUUGUCCAAGAAAUGCUAAGCAUGCAAGGAAAUAGGAGGGUUUUUAUCAAUUCUGCACUCUCCCUUCUGAGAAAUCCUGACUACACGUUUGAUGGUAUAAACCUCUUGUGGCUGGAAUCAAGGCAAAGGGGGGACAAGAAACUUUUCACAAAUCUCAUCCAGGAAUUCCGGCGCGCCAUAAAUUUGGAGGCGGCCAAGAGGGGUUAUGAAAAGUUACUGCUCACUGCAAGUGUGUCUGCUCAGCCAUUGGUCAUUAGUCGGAGUUAUGAGGUCAAACUGAUUGCAGAGCACAUCGACUUUUUCAAUGUAAUGACGUCUGAUGUUGAAAUUCCCUUUGUGAAGGGCAAACCAUCAUUCUACACUACAGGUGACUCAUUCAGCAAGGCGGCUUCUGCAGUCAACUUCUGGAAUAAACAGGGAGUGCCUACCCAAAAAAUUAACAUGGGGAUUGGAGUAUUUGGAGAAGCUUUUACUAUUAACAGUCUGGGCAUUGUUAAUCCUGCAGGGGGCAAUGUGCCUGAUAUACCAGAAGGAUUCUUAGCCCGUUAUGAGGUUUGCUCUUUCCUGCAAGGACUACUGAUGGCUGCAUCAGAUAAACAGGUUGUCUUUGAUGACAUAGCUUCCAUUGAUGCAAAGGCAAGUUACAUUAAACAACACAAAUAUGGAGGAGCGUUUGUCAUGUCCCUAGACUUGGAUGACUUCAAUCAACAGUGCUGUAGUCAUCCUUCUAAAUAUCCUGUCAUUCAACAUCUGCAUGAUGAGCUCGUACUGAAAUUUGUGAUUGGGUAGCACCAUUCAUGUUUGAUAUUAAAAUGGCUUACUUGUCUAAACUAAA